GCACACCAAACGCUAGGGACCAACAUAAAAACGCCAUAAAUGUCAAUGUAACGAUCAUGACUCCACCCUCUUCUUUAUUCCCUGGUUACAGACAGGUUGAAGCAUUCGGACCUGACGAUGAAUACUCUGAUGAAGAAAUCUCAUAUGUUACUCUAGACCUGGGUAAUGUGGAACCGACUCUUGUUCCGAGCAGCUCGACAUAUAGACUGAUUGGCCUUGACACUCCCAUGCCGUUCUUGCAAUUGUCUGGCACCAUCUUCAAAGGGCAACACGACUCAUUACUGGGUACUGAACUUUUAUUCACAGAAGCGAAAGAUGACCAUGACCGUAGCAAACGCUUCAUCACUCACGUCGCUAACACUGAACAACGUGUCCGCUUCAAGGAAGUAGAGCUAAAAGCUAAACAGCAAGACCCUCCGCAGCCCAUACCCGAUCAGUCAUCCAAGGAAUCUAGUAACAAGAAUGAGGUAUUUGCACUAGAACGUAUGACGGGGAAGAGCUUCCCUCCAAAUCCUCCGAAGCGUACACGCAGUAAGAGGAGCGAUAAAAAGGGGAAGCAGCGGGAGGUUAUCCCCGAUCAAGAACAACUGACUGAGAAAAGUGUGGGGAUAGUGUCGGAUAUGUUGGGUGACGAAGGAGAGGAAUAGCGCAUCUUGUUGGUAGCGACCUUAGGAUACUCAGAACUAUCGUCAUUGUAGAAGCAUAUAAGUUAUGGCAUUGUGUCAAAUCAACGCAAGGCUUGUAAAUAUGUUAAUCUAGAGGACUGGAUUUUGCAAAGAGUUAGUAACCGGAACAAAA